AUGCGGCUCGGCGUCGCCGCGCUGCCGCGGGAUCGCUCCUUCCGCCGCCUCCCCGCUCCGGACGAGCGCUGGGAGCCGCCGCCGCGGGCCGGGGCCAUGUUGGGCGGCGGGGCCAGGGCGGCCAAGCCGUCCUUCGUGUCGUACAUCAGCCCGGAGGAAAUACACAUAAAGGAACCCAUAGAAAAGGAAGUAAAUCCUCACUUAUUACCAGGUGAACUGCUGCUUUGUGAAGCCAGCACAGUGUACAAGUAUAUACAAGAAGAUGGGUCAAAUCGUGGCACUUAUGGGAAACUCGUAUGCACCAACUUUAAGAUUUCUUUCCUUGAUGAUGAUUCUGCUUCAGAUGAUAAUGAGCCACAAUUUAAAAAUAAGAUUGUAGGAGAAAAUGACAUAACUCUGCAAUGUGUAGAUCAAAUAUAUGGAGUUUAUGAUGAGAAAAAGAAACUUCUAACAGGACAGCUAAGAAAAUACCCAGAGAAGUUAAUUAUCUACUGUAAAGACCUUAGAGUAUUUAACUUCUGCCUGAGAUACACAAAAGAAGAGGAAGUGAAAAGAAUCGUCAGUGGUAUAGUUCAUCAUAGCCAGACUCCUAAGCUGCUUAAACGUUUGUUUCUGUUCUCUUAUGCAUCAGCUGCUCCAAACAACACAGAUGGGAGAAACCAAACUGUGAUGUUUGAGACCCUCGAGGACUGGCGUGAUGAGUUGGAGCGGACCAAAGGGAAUGUGAAAUACAAAGCAGUGACCACCAAUGAAGGCUACAGAGUCUCUGAAAAGUUGCCUUUAUAUUUUGUUGUUCCCAUAUGCAUUUCUGAAGAGAGUAUCUUGAAGUACGAAGGCAGAGGCAUUCCUAUUUGGUGUUGGUCUUGCCAUAAUGGUGCUGCUCUUCUCAAAAUGUCUGCAUUUCCCAAAGAACAAGAUGACAGCACUUCACAAAUGCAAAAAGCCUUCUUGGAUGGAAUCUAUAAGACAAUAAGCAAACCUCCCUAUGAGCUCGUGAAGAUGGAUGACUUGUCAAGCAGCCUUCCAUCUCUGCAAGAUAUCCAGACUGCAUACACAAGAUUUAAACAGCUGUUUUUGAUAGAUAACAGUACAGACUUCUGGGCAACUGAUGUGAAAUGGUUUUCGUUACUGGAGAGCACAAACUGGCUAGAAAUAAUCAGGAGAGUCUUGAAGAAAGCAAUAGAAGUUGCUGAGUGUCUGGAAAUACAGCAUACAAAUGUUCUCCUUAUAGAAGAGACUGCCACUGAUCUGUGCUGUGUAAUCUCAAGUCUGGUUCAAGUGAUGAUGGAUUCAUACAGCAGAACAAAGUCAGGGUUUCAGAGCCUUAUUCAGAAGGAGUGGGUGAUUGGAGGACAUUGCUUUUUGGAUCGCUGUAACCACUUACACAAAAGUGAGAAAGAGGAGGCUCCUGUUUUUCUGCUCCUGCUAAAUUGUGUUUGGCAGCUGGUACAACAGUAUCCUCCAGCAUUUGAGUUCACAGAAACUUAUUUAACUGUCUUGUCAGACAGCCUCUAUGUGCCUAUUUUUAGCACUUUCUUCUUCAACUCUCAACAUCAAAGAGACACUAAUAAGAGUGGGGAAAGCCUCAAGACACAAAGUGGUCCUUUCAGAUUCCUUACUGUGUGGGACUGGUCUGUGCAGUUUGACCCCAAGGCCCAGGCUUUUCUGAACAACCCUCUUUAUGCAGAGAAACCAAAACCAGAUAGAAGUCAACGGAAGACUGCACGGUUCAAACAUCAACGGCAACUUUCUUUGCCACUGACACAGGCAAAGCCUUCCACGAAGAGAGGAUUUUUCAGGGAGGAAACAGAUCAUUUAAUCAAAAACAUUCUGGGUAAAAGAAUUGGCAAGUUCAUAAAUUCUUCAGAUGAGCCCCCUAACAGCUUAAGGGAGUUUUAUGAUAGCUGGCAUAGCAAACCUGUCGACUACCACGGUCUUCUGCUGCCGCGCAUCGACGGCCCCGAGAUCAAAGUCUGGGCACAGCGUUACCUGCGAUGGAUUCCUGAGGCCCAGCUUCAUGGUGGUGGAACAAUAGCUACAGCUGCCAAGAUUUUGGACUUGAUGGAGGAAGUGCAAAGCCUGCAGGUGAAAAUGGAUGAAGAACGCAGUCAGGCUGUUUCUGGAGACGUACAUUCUGUCCCCAUGCUGAGAAAUUCCGCCCGUUUGUCAUCCUUGUUUCCAUUUGCUUUACUGCAGAGACAGUCUGUCAAACCAGCUUUACCCACCAGCACCUGGAAAGACUUAGAAGAUGAAGACGACUUGGUCAAGAGGGAUGAUGAAUUCGUUGAUCUAAGUGGGGAUAUGUUAUAACGUAUCUAGAUUACAGUAUGGAUUGUAUGUGGCUAAGCACUGAGUUUUAAAUGUUGUGCUGUAUCUUCAUAUAAGGAACUUGAGCAUCUGCAACCUGUUUAAUAGGUUUGUGAGGUUAAAAAUCCCUGAUUGGAAAAAAUUACUUGCUGUAAUUAACUGAGGGUGUUUUGAAUUUCCAUUUCGCUCUAACAAUAUUUAUUGCAGAAACAUAUUUUUAGCAUAGAUGUAAUAAAAAUGGGAGUCCUGGCUGGAGUAACCAUAUGGCCACUCUGUUAAAAUAAAGAAAAACAGCAAAAGAAUACUUUCUGCUCUAAAGGUAGAAUGUUAAAUGCAUGUGGCAACAAACAUCCUUUCUUAACAUCUCUUUCCCCUUAUGCUAAAAGUACUGGGGUGGAGUACUGUGAUUUGCAUUUUCCCCCCACACAUAAACAGUGAAAGAUGCAACUAACUGUGCACUCACAAAUCACUCAUUGGCAGUUGAGGAAUACUCUCGUGGUCACCAGGGUUUUUCUGUCUGCUGUUGGAUAAACACAAAUCAUGUGCUUGCCCCUUCCCCUUUGUCAGUGUUGGUCUUUGUGGUGUCACGGUCACAGGUUGGCUCCUCUGAGCCUGUGCAUGCACUUAUCUCAGAUGCAAGAGCUUAAUGACACAUUUCAAGUCUUAAUGUAUGGCUGCUGUGCUACAUGCCCUUGCUGCCUUGGAAUAUUAAGUUUGCUCUUAAUUUUGAGGAAUGAGAUUUCAAUCUGCCAUGAG